UUAGUUUACAAGUCAGGGAAGAAUGAUCGAUACCAUAGACACGGCGCGCCAUUGAAGAAGCUGGUGAAAUGUUGAAUAACAAAUCAUAUUAAAAGGAGAAUUUAAAAAUUGAAGUGGAAACAUUUCGAUCAGAUAUGGAGUGCCCACCAGAAGAAGCGGACAACGAGUCAGAAAUCAUUCUUCAAGUGCGGGGCGUGUCUCCAUCAACAAAUGCAUUUACAGUGCAGAUGUACUUUGAAAACAGUCGUCGAUCAGGGGGUGGAGAAAUAAAGAAAAUAGAGAUAAAGGAUGGGAUAUUUUACGUUGAAUUUAAAGAUGAACAAGUAAUUGAUAUGGUUCUAAAGAAAAAGCACAUCAUUGAUAAAACAACUAUUGAAGUAUGUCGGUGUCCACCAAAGCCAGUGCCAACCUGCUCCAAUAAAGUCUUCUUAACAAACAUCAGUGCGAAAACAACUAGGGAUGGCCUAGAGAACUUUCUGGAAGCUAAAGCUAAUGUCACACCCGUUAGUAUUGAGUAUGGAGAACUCAGGGGGACAGCUCUCAUCACGUUUGAGAAAGAUAUAGAUUUUGAGAAACUACAACUAGCUUGUAAAAAAAGAACUUUGGACAACUCUCACCUUGAGGUAUCUGCAGUCCCUGUCACCAACUGUGUCAUCGUACGGAACAUCUCAAAGAGUAUGUCACAUGAUACACUUUUGUUUUACUUUGACAAUGAAAAAAGAAGUGGUGUCAGUGGAGUGAUAGAUGUCAAAAUGCAUGAGGGAUUCUGUCUGGUUUAUUUUGAGGAACCAGAAGCCGUGGAUAUUGUCUGUGGUAGACCUCAUAGAAUACUCGAUCAGGAUCUGGAUAUAAUAAUGUAUCAUAAAUGCCUAGGGCACAUUGAAAUAAAGGAAAACACGUUAAAACAUCCUCAUCCUUUAGAAGUUCAUGGCAAAAGAGGAUCAGAGAGAGAGAAACAACCAGUGCAGGAAGAGAAACAGCUGAAAAGGCACAUAUUGCAAAUGCUACAGUUAUGCAAGUUUGAGCAGGAAUUGCAAAAGAAAUAUAAAAACGUUUCAUUGAAAUAUGACAUCAGUAAAAACUUCGUCAGAUUUGAAGGACUUCGUGGUGAAGUCACUAAUGCCAUUAAAGAAAUGUAUGAAUUUGUGUCAAAAGUUGCCAAAACUGAAGUUAAAUUUUUUUCAAAGCUUCUUCAGCAAUUCUUGCAAGAGCAACCAGUGUACAUGUAUGUAAACUCUAAGAUGAAAGAGAGAAACAUCAUUGGGGUUUGGGAGUUUUUUAAAGGAGAAGAGACAUUGACAGUUUUUUCAAUGUCUGAUGAGCAAGCUGUUCAAGCAGCACAUCUCAUCAAGGAGUCGGUAAUUGAAACUCCAAUUAACGAGUUGAAAAAUGAGUCCAAAGCUUUACUUCCAACAAGAGAAUGGCAGAGUAAAGUCGAUGAGAUCGAGAAUAAUGGACAAGGUUUGAUCAAGAUAAUCGCCCAGGCAGAUCAGGGGAGAAUUAUCACCCUGUGUACAGACCAAUGGGAAGGCUUAGCUCGAGAGUUCAUUCAAGAUUUUAUCAUAGUAAAUACCAUAUACGAAGAAAGCUUAAAUUUGGAACCAGCCAUAAUAAGAUAUUUACAGAUGAAUUGUGCAAACGACCUUCAAAAGGUUGGUAUUAAUCUUCAACAGGAGAAAGUAAAUGUAGUAUUUAAUAAUACUGGAAUUGUGAUAAAAGCAACUCAGACAGGACAAUAUCAAGCCAAAUAUGCCAUUGAUAAAAUUGUAAAAGGAGUGGAAAAACAGACACAUCCAAUAAAUAAGGCAGGAAUAAGGAAACACAUGGAAUCUACAGCAGGACAGGAGAAACUAAGAAAAGUUGAAAGAAGUGAGAAAGUUGUGAUACAGGUAAGUGACGAAAGUGCCUCUGAUGAAGACACCAGUAGUUCCUGGCUGACAACUGGUGCAAUACGACAAGAACUCGCAGUCUGUGUCACAAAAGAAGGAAAGAAAAUCUCUGCCACAGUGGUGGAUAUAUUGGAGCUUGAUGUGGAUGUCAUUGUGAAUCCGGCCAACAAAGACAUGAAGCACAUCGGAGGUAUCGCCAAAUUCAUUACCGAAAAGGGUGGAAGGGCUAUUCAAAAUGAAUGCAAUGACUAUGUCAGGAAGAAAGGUCGACUCAUGGAGGGACAGGUGUACCUCAGCGCCGCAGGAAACCUCAAAUGUAAGGGAGUCAUCCACGCAGUAGGGCCGGUCUGGCAGAAUGGAAUUAAUAAGGAGGAAGGGUACUUGAGAGAGGCGGUCUUUAAGAGUCUGGAGGUGACUUCUGCUAGACGAUUUACGUCCAUCGCGUUCCCAGCCCUGUGUACGGGUGUGUUCGGUUAUCCAGUGCGAGAGGCAACCAGAGUUAUUGUGGUGGCUGUAAGAGAUUUCUUUAGAGAGAACACUGGCUCCUCAGUGGUGGCAGUGUAUUUAUGUGGCUUGGAGAAAGAAACAGUUAAUUGCUUUGCUACCGCCAUGAUGAGGGAGAUGAAGAAUGUCAUUCUUAAGUCUGAAGAGAAUGAAAAUCAAUGGAAGUGUGCCCAAGUUCCUGUUCAUGCAAGAAAUUCAGCAGACCCUGGUGUUGACAUUUCGGGAAAAAUACAUGAAGAACAGCGUCUCGUGCAGGAUUUCAGAUCAGUCACCUUAAUUAUCUAUGGAAAAGAUGUCAAUCAAAUAAGAAAUGCUAUUCGUAUUAUUGAAGAACACAUGGAUGGUGUUUUCAGGAAGAAGACCUAUGUUGAAACAAUAAUUAAAAGUUUUUCUGAGAGCCAGAAAAAUGAACUUCAGAAACUUCAGAAGGAUUUUUGUGUUGAUGUGAAUGUAGAUACUAGAACUGGAAGAAUAACAUUACACGGGUUAAUGGAAGAUGUCAUGGAUGCAUCUGAAAAAGUUCAUAAUAUAAUUAGAAAAGCAGAAGCUAUACAGCAAGACAAGCAUACUGCAGAAAUGAUGGCCGACAUGGUAGAAUGGUGUUUCCUUGAUGCAAGCACUGUUCCGUCCAAAUUGGAAAAAUAUCCAGCUAAUAUUAAUUUACAAUUAGAGAAAGCCCUAAUGAAUCAGGAGUCUAAAACAUCCUUCUGUGAUGACCAAGGGAAUAGAUAUAUUGUUGAUUUGACGUCAUAUGAAGAAUACCCUGAAGGAGAUGUAACAGAUGUUGUGAAAGUUUUGAGAAAGAGCAAGAUUACUGGGUCUUUCUUUGAGCAACCAUCUUCAUGGACAACAAUGGACAGAGAAAAUUUGGCAAUAGUUACUCUGCUUCAAAAUAGUCAGGAAUACCAGGAUGUUCUGCACGAUUUUGUUCAAAGUUCUGGGCGUCACACAAUAGUGAAGAUUGAAAGAAUACAAAACAGAAUGCUUUAUCAGCAAUAUGAAUUCAAGUUAAAUCUACUUAAGAAACAGAAUCCAACUGGCUGUAUCAAUGAGCGGAAGUUAUGGCAUGGCACAUCCUAUGAAGCAGUCGCUAGUAUUAAUAACUACGGCUUUCACAGGAGCUACUGUGGAAAAAAGGCUAUGGUUUAUGGAAUUGGUGUGUAUUUUGCCACAAAUGCUUACUACUCUGCACGCGACACAUACAGUCCUAGAGAUUUCAAUUCCAACAAAAGAGUUUAUCGGUGUCGCGUUUUGACUGGGGAGUACUGUCAAGGUACACAGUGGAUGAAAGUUCCCCCAAAUAAACCUAGCUUCAUGCAUUUAUCGUAUGACUCAUUGGUUGACAAUCCUUCAAAUCCGGGACUCUUUGUAAUAUUUAACGAUACACAAGCCUAUCCCGAGUAUAUGAUCACUUUUCAGUAAAACAUGAUAAAUGGAAGAUAUUGAGGGAUUUUCUGUUGUAUCCAGGCGCUUAUCACUGGCCAAAUCAUUUUUUGCUAUAUGUUUAUUCAUAUAUACUUGCAAAUUUUAAACAGUGGACAUAGGUAUAUCUGACCUUUUCUUGUUGCUGUUUAGGCAUUGAACAUUUAUCUUGUAUUCAUAUCUGAGCCAAUUGACUAAUCAACUUUAUACAGACAGUAUAGAUAUAGUUUUAAAAGUCAAUUCUGUAAACAUAUUGAUAUCCCAAAAUUGACGAUGAAAAACGAAGCUAUAUGCCUGAAGAUGCCAAAGGAUCUGAAAGGUUUUUUUUGCAGACAUUAUUUGAAUCCUUGGAAAUUUAUAGGUUUUGAUAAAGCAUAAAAUAAGUGAGCAUUACUUAAUGUAGGUUUUUUAAAAUUUAGUUAUUUGUGUUGAUAUUUUCUUCUCCUUGGUUUCUAUAGAGUGAAUUACUUCUAAAGACAUGUUCUUUAUUUCAAGUGAAUUAAAUUUUGAAAUGUAUGAUUAUUUUAUCUUUCAUUUUAAGUUGUCAUUUGUGAUUUGUUUAAGAUAUUAAAGAAUGAAUUGAUGUUGGUCUUGAUAUCACUAUUGCUCGUUGA